GCUUUCGCCAACCUGACCCAUGAACUCAUUACAGGGCAAUCUUGCACGCGAGCCAUCCCCUGUCAUUACUCGAAGCACGCGCAGCGAUGGUGUGAGGACCCCCCAGCCCAAGCCAGGUACACCCAGACCAGCGAGCACGUCUCCCGCUGAAAGCAACAAUCGCCCACUCAAUGUAACGGACGCCCUCGGAUACUUGGAUGCAGUCAAGAAACAGUUUGAGACGGAGCCGGAUGUUUAUAACAAAUUUUUGGAUAUCAUGAAGGAUUUCAAAGGCCAAGUCAUCGACACCCCAGGAGUCAUCGAACGCGUCUCCGCUCUUUUCCACGGAAAUGUGGUGCUUAUUGAGGGCUUCAACACUUUUCUGCCUGCCGGGUACCGUAUCAACGCCAAUGCAGACGACCAGACCAUUACGGUUACCACUCCCAUGGGCACGACCACACAAAGCACCAGCGGAGGCUACACGCAUCGGAUGCAAGCACGAGACACAAUUCCGGGACUCGGCCCUAAUAUUGCUAUGCCUUUUCCAGGAAUGGGUCCUUCGACGAAUGUCCUUCCUCCUUUAAGCAGUGGCCCUGCGUCGCGUUCCAUGACACCCGUGGCGUAUCACAUACCUGCUCAACCUCCGCCUUCACUGCCUCCAUCAUUCGAACCGCCGCCGUAUCAGAAUCCGCAAACUGCGGCAGCGGCCAAUCUUCUUGGGAAUCUGAACAACCGCAAUCAAGUGGAGAGGCCUCAACAACACGCCGGGGAGUUCAACCAUGCCAUUCAAUAUCUGAACAAAAUCAAAUCUCGUUUCGUUGAUGACUCAAAUACGUACAAGAACUUUUUGGACAUCCUACAGACGUACCAGAAGGAGCAGAAGCAAAACCCACACGUGUUUGUUCAGGUCCAGCAUCUCUUCAAGGAUGCACCGGAUCUUCUCACCGAGUUUCGCUUGUUUCUGCCUGAAUUCGCUGCGGUCGAAUCCCAGAGCACUCCGUCAUGGCCACUGCCCGAGCCCGCAGCGGAGAAGCCUACGAAGAAGGCCCCAGCCGCUCCAAAGCGGAAAAAAAGGGGAGCUGAGAAGGAUGUUACUCCAGUUCCAGUCCCUAAACCGGCAGCCCGACCCGCUAAGAAGGCCAAGCACAACCACAAACCUGAACCAGGUUCCCCAUCGUCGUUUUCUGGCUACGUUGGACAAACGCCCCCGCCAGUGUCAAUGCCUCCACCCACCAUUUCUACCUUCCAUCAAUCUGCAGCUGCUGCGAAUUUACCGGCAGUUAUCGGGGAGAAAGUGAUGUUCUUCGACCGUGCGAGGAAGGCUUUAGGAGCCCGAGACAUGUUUGAUGAUCUGUUGAAGCUGCUCAGUCUGUUUUCGUCUGAGAUCAUCGGAAUGUCCACAUUGAUCACCCUCGCUCGGGAUUCCUUCUUUGGCGAUAGUGAUUUGAUGCAGGAAUUCAAGGAUCUGGUCGGAUGGGAGGAUCCUGAAGACGCUGCUGAUAAAGGUCCCCCGGGCAGUGUCCGGACCGGCCCCCCGGAUCUUGCAUCUGCUUAUGUACCGGAUGAUGGAGAUGGGCCCAGCUAUCGGAGACUUCCAGACAGUGAGAGUCGACUGGCCUGUUCGGGACGAGACGAACUUGGAAAGUCGGUGCUCAACGAUGAAUGGGUCUCACAUCCAGCUUGGGCAUCGGAAGACGCCGGGUUCAUGUCACAUAGGAAGAACCUGUUUGAGGACACACUGCACAAGAGCGAGGAGGAACGUCACGAAUAUCACGUGCACAUCGCGGCUAUGUCGCGGACGAUUGCUCACUUUGAACCUUUGGCGAUGCGACUCGAGGAGAUGACAUCCGAGGAACGAGUCAAUUUUAAGCUUCAAGCAGAUUUUGGGGGAUCGGCCAAGGCACUGUACCAUCGGAUUAUCCGAAAGGUCUACGGUCGAGACAGUGGUCUGGAGAUCAUCCAAGCUCUUCAAGAUUCUCCCAGCAUCGCUGUCCCUGUUGUUCUGGCCCGAUUGAAGCAGAAGGAUGAUGAAUGGCGGCGGCUACAACGAGAAUGGGGUAAAACGUGGCGAGAAGUGGAUGCCAAAAACUUCUACAAGAGUCUUGACCACCAGGGCCUCACUUUCAAGGCCGACGACAAAAAGCGGAUCACGGCCAAGUACUUUGUGAACGAUAUCGAAGCCGCGAAGGGUGCCCAAAUGAGACACUGGGCUCGCACAACUCCGGCGCAGUUGGUCUUCAACUUUGCUGACACACCUGUGCUCCAUGACUCGCUCAAGAUGGUCUAUUCUUUCCUCGAUCACUCACAAGGCCAGUACAGUGCUGCUGAGCGCCGGAGCGUCGAGUCUUUCUUGCGCCGGUUUGUUCCGUUGCUGUGCAUGUACCCAACCGCCGAAUUCAACGCUGCUUGCGGGCCACUCGAUGGAAUCCAGGAAGAAGAUCUACUCCAACUUCCCGAUCCUCCCCGAAGCGGACGGCGCUCCACGGGCAGUGUUCAUUCCGCGUCGCAUUCACUAAACAACGGAGCGGGUGUCGCACCAGGUGACCUGCGAAGAAACUUUUGCGCACAGUCCAGGAGAAUCAAUCCGCUACAGCAUCACGUGGAACAUCUCCGGUCCCGGAAGAGGUUGAAAUUUGGUUGAGAGAGUCAACGCAUACACACUGCGAGGGAAUCGCCCCAAGAAGACCUUUCUUUACCAACACGACAUUUUAUACUCUGUUGCGUCUGCUGCAACUGCUCUAUUCGCGGUUAGCCAUGUGCAAAGCCAUCGGUGCUCGACUGCCGAUGAAAAACAUGCAUCGUUGCGAGUCAAUCCUGUCGCAACAUCCCUUGGGUUGGAUGAUCCGGCGGGUCCGACAUUGAUUCUCGCCCAGACCGUUGCCACGAAGGAGGAGGGAGACGGAUCACCUCCCAACGUGGUUUACAUGUAUCUUUUGGAUGCUUGUGAAAAGGUGUUUGACAACGAGCUUGAUUCGGCGACGUUUGAAGAACAUAUGCGCUGGUUCUUCGGCGACAAGGCCUAUCAUCUCUUCACCAUUGACAAACUCGUCACAGCGCUUGUAAAACAAGUGCAGACCAUUGUAGGGGACAACAAAUGCCAAGAACUGUGGACGCUGCUGCAAAACGCACACGUGACCGCUUCUGACGGCAUCGGUCUCAACGAUCUAGACAUACUGCAAUAUCGCCGUGAGGCUGAGCGACAUGUCGGACAAGAUGAUCAUUUGUAUCGUCUGCAGUGGAAUCCAGAUGUCCGCUCCAUCAGCGUGCAUCUGAUGGGGGCCGAUGAUCCCAGUGUUAAUGCUGGGGAUCGGUGGAGAGAGUAUGUCAGCUCAUAUGUCACUCGUCUGCCAACAGAAUGGAUCCCGCCUAUCGAAGAGGAGCGACUCUUGCUCAAGAGGACCCGGCGGCUCGGCGACCAACAUGUCGCCGUCGAUGAUAGAGGACUGUCUGUGCGCAUCUCAAGUCCAAAAUACAAAAUAGUCUAUGAAGCCGGAGCUGAGGAUCUCAUAUGGUGGCCUGGAACAAAGUCUGCCAGCUUGGAAGCACAAGCUCGUGUCAUGGCGGAGCGUCGCAGGGCGCGUUUCUUCGCCCGUUUUUUUGAACGGUUCAUGAGAGCCUUGUAGCUGUUUGUUUUUUGAGUGUACCAUUAGCUACUGGUUUGUAGAUUCGUGUGUAAUAAACUGAUCACCUGCUGUUG